AACACACACGCGCUCCUCCACAGGUUUGAGCCACCACGCAUGCGCUAUCGAUCAUCGAGAUCGAUUGUGUGACAACAAUACUCGAUGAAACGAUUUCAGUGAUUACCAGAUUUUUCAAGAAUCAAAAACGAAAUAAAUAACAACCAGUGAUUAAUCGAUUGAUCCAUGAUACCGCGGAUUCAUCAAUUAUCGGUAAUUAUUGGAUAAUUUACUGGAUAAAUUACUGGAUAAAUUGUUGGUGCUCGGACAUGUCAUGUGUGUCAGUUAUUCAGUUGUAUCUGGAUUUUUUGAUGAAAAACAUUGAGGUUUUUGAGAUUGAGGUGUUGUAAUCGUGAUCGGUAUGAAAUGUUGAGUGAUUGAUCAUCUCUGGGGAUCAUUUAUUGUGUUAUUAUUUUGGCGGGAAGAUAUAAGUAUUAAUUUUAAGUGGGUGGAAGAUUGAAUGGUUCCACUUGAGUCAUCGUACGUCAGGACAAUCUGGGAUUCACCAGAUCCAGAACACCGGGGAUUUUACGACUCGCCUCCCCCCCGGAUGGACGUCAGCAUCUGCUGCUUGCAGCCCACCGCCGGCUCGGGGGUCCAGCAUUCAACAACUGGACAUCAUCAUCAUCAUCAUCAUCAUCAGCAUCAUCACAAUAGCCAUCACAAUCAUCAUUCGGGUGGCAUAACGUCACCCGUACAGACAAGUGUACAGAGUACGUAUCAGUAUGCCGAUCAAAUAGUACCUGAUCGGGGACAACCCGACGGUCUUGGACUGGUUAAUCCUGGACAGGAUGCAUGGCAGUCGAAUUCUACCAGUGGUAAUCCUGGAAUUACCACAACCACCACUGCCUACAUCGAUUAUUCAUGGCUGCAGAUGCAGCAGACAUCAGACCUGGAUACUCUGCUGUGUCGCCAGGACCUGGAGCAGCUCCAGAAGCUCGACGACGAUGAUCCCGAUAAAUCACGCGAGCCGUUACCAAUGGAUGAUUUUUUCGAGACAAGUGGACCAAAUCCAUGCCGACCUCAGGCCAGUUUCGUAUCAACGAGGAGUCAACCAGCUGGUAAUGAUGAUGACGUAUUCCUCAGGCCACCACUGUGGGAGGACAUCACAUCGAGCAUUCAAAAGCUCGAUCCAGAGAAUGCCGACAUGCUGGGUUCACAGACUAAUCAGAAUAUAUCGCACGUUAAAAUGGAGACAGACGAUAUAACAUCACCUGUUCUAUCACCAGUUGAGAUAAAGAGUGAACCUAUGCAGCAGCAACCGACACUUCAUCUACUCGAAGGACGACAGAGCAAUAUCAAUUACUCAAGAACGAGUAACGAUCAUCGAACGGGUCUCAAGACAUUUAAUAACAAUAAUAAUAAUAAUACAAAUAAUAAUAAUAAUAGCAGUAGUAAUAAUAAUAAUGAGGGGAAUCAUCAUGGUCACCAGAGUGGUAGUGCAACCUCGCCCCUCUAUGGAUCAAUGACGAGGCUCAUGUAUGUUUCACCUUUAACGCCCCCAAUAUCCGAUCCAGGAUCACCACUUGGUGGACCACCCAGACGAACACCACCACCUCCUUAUCCCCAGCCAUCCAUGAUCAAUCAGAACCACAGGAUUCAGACGGCUUCAAUUACCAAAUUUAAUCGUAGGAAUAAUCCGGAGUUGGAGAAGCGGAGAGUACAUCACUGUGACUUUAUUGGUUGUACAAAAGUUUAUACUAAAAGUUCUCAUCUGAAGGCGCACCAGCGGAUACACACAGGUGAAAAACCUUAUCAGUGUCAAUGGCCCGAGUGCGAGUGGAGAUUCGCCCGUAGCGAUGAAUUAACCCGACAUUACCGUAAACACACCGGUGCUAAACCAUUCAAAUGUGCAGUAUGCGAGAGAUCCUUUGCCAGAAGUGAUCACCUGGCGUUACACAUGAAACGUCACUUACCAAAACAACACGCUAAGUGACAGGAGAACGGUGUCAAGAUGACUGUAAUUCUCACAACUGAGGAAUUAUCCUCAGGAUUCUAAUCUCUAAAUGGACACGUUUGUAGAGAACAGAGGGGAUGAAAAAAGAAAGUGCACUUAGGGACAAUUAUUCAUUGGAAAUGAAAACGCGCACGAAUUGACAGCACUGAGUCGCCCUGAGGUCCAGAGUCCUGAGUCAAAUCCAAAAUUGACUCUGGAUUAAUUCCAGGUUCAAGAGAUUUUUCCAGAGAUUUCUUUUUUAUGAAUUUUCUCUGGAUUUUUGAUGGCCUUGAAUUUAAUUUAGAGUCUAGUCUGGAUUUGGUGUUUCAGGGGGGCCUACUGUACUUGCAACGGUGGCUGGUCCACGAAUAUUAUGAAUACUUCAAUCGAGCGUGUACUUGAAUCGUGAUGAGCCUCAGGGUAACUCUCAUUAACCCAUAUUAAUCAUGUUCUCCUGUUUGUUCAAGACCGCCUGCCAUCCACCGCGACUACUAGAUUUUAAGGAGAUUUAUAUUAAUUAUCCAAAGACUAUAUUGCCGAAUGUCCUGGGGACGCGUUACGAGUACUCGAUAAAUGAAUUGAUGAUCGAAACAUCUGAUUAGUUGAAAAAGAGAAAAUACGAGUCGAGGGAUUGAGUACUCACGACGAAGGUCACAAAUCAGAAUUAUUUGCACAUGUAUACUUCCUAGAUUAAUGUUUAAAAUUGAAAAGUGUAAUUAUUCAAAUUCCCGUCACUUAUCCAACUCUAAUGGAACUCGAUGAAUAAUUAAUGUGAAUUGAUUGACGAGGAAAAUUCAUUAACCCUUAAGUGUAAAUUUAAAUGUCCUAGUCGGAGCCGAUGUACAAAGAUGUACUUACAGCUGAUACUAGAUUUUAUCCAUUGCGAUUAGCGCAAUUGAUUAUGCAGAAAAUUGAUGUUAAGGAAAAAUUUAAUUUUCAGUGACGGUUAGUCACACCGAGUGUAUUAUUAUCAAUUAGAACGAAUUGCACUGGUAAUUAAUGGCAAAACGUGUUUAGUAUUAUUCAAAUGAUAUUCUGAUUAUUUCGCUCCAACGAAAAUUCCAGGCAAAAUGUAUUCCAGAUUUUUUUAUUAUCUGAUGAUUUUUUUGUUAAAUGUAUCUUUGUAGAAAAUUGUUUUUAUAAAUGGAAAAUUUAUGUGUAAGGCACUAAAACAAAACGAAAAAAAAAAACAAGUAAAAACGUUCUCGGAAGUUAUAUGAAAUAGUUGAAGAAAUAAAGUGAAAUAAAGUGAAAUCACCAUAAACAUUUGUGUUAUUCUUCAUAUCUAGAACCGGCGUUAUAUCAUCAGUGGA